ACUAACAGUGCCCAUUGAAGCAGACAGAGCCCUUCAGUAAAUGAAACGUGUUUUACUCAAACUCCAUUUGUAUUGAAAGUAAAAAUUAAAACAUUUCCGAGUUCGCUCUACGCUUUACGGCACGGCCCACUGUAUCUAGUCGCCUCACGACACUUCACGACAUACGGGGCGUACUUUACGACAUACGGGGUACGAGCUUUACGACAUACGGUGGCCGAGCUUUACGACAUACGGGGUACGAGCUUUACGACAGACGAUGGACCAGCUUUACGACAUACAAACACAUGACGGCUUCACGACACUCCCUUCGGUUUGCUGUUCACGACACUUUACGGCGCUGCUUUACGACUUACCCCGUGAUCCGAGUCGCCGUCUCACCACGUGACCCGUGCCAGGUUGGGUGCACACGGAGCAGGGCGCGUCACGUGGGCAUCGCUGCGUCCUGCUGGCGGGAGGAGGUCACGGGACAGACCCAGUGUGUGCGUGUGUUUGCAGCGCUGCGCUACGAACCUGGUGACUACAGUUCGUUUCCCGCUCUCGGUCACAUCGGUGACGAAUUCAGUGGACCGGUGCUGGGUCUCCUCUAGGUCAACUCAGCUUUAAACGAGCACCUGGUGCGAAGUCGUCGUCUUCAUCUCCUCCUCUCUCCGGACGGGGCUGUCGGCCGCCCUUCUUCCUUCCUCCCGUCUACGGCUCCCGUCAUGAGGGGCCUCUUCAUGGACGCCACGGGCGAUCGACCGCAGUUCUUCCUGCACGGCAAGGAGCAGGCGGAGGAGGAGGUGGAGGAGGUGGUGGGAAAGUCGACCCCCGGAUCGCGAGAGGUGGACACCCACGCGGUGGUGGUCGCCGUGAAGGCGUGCGGCCUCAGCCCCGUGCCGUGCGCGCUCCUUGCGCGACUCAAGAUGCAGCAGUCCCCGCAGCCCGUGGGGCGGGAGGUGGCGGGGACGGUGGCCGCCGUCGGAGCGCUGGUGACGUUCUUCAAGCCCGGCGAUGAAGUCGUGGGAAUCCUGCCGCUUGAAAGCGCGGAGUCCGGCCUGUCUCCCCGCGUCACCGUGCACGAGCACUGCCUGGUGUUGAGGCCGAGCGGCGUGGGCUGCGUGCAGGCGGCUGCGUGCGUGCGUGACGGCAUGGUGGCCACGGCGGCGCUGCAAGGCCUCGCCGCAGCCGGAGCGGCCGUGCUCGUGACGGACGCGGCGACCUCGGUGGGCGUGGCGAUCUGCCAGUUGGCUCGGCACCGUGGGGCAAGGGUGGUGGCGGCCGUGGGCCCCGGGGCGGACAGGGAGGCCCUGGAGCAACUGCGGCCACAAUCUGCGCGCGUGGUGGAGCUGGGCGAGCGAGGCUGCGACCUCGUGGCGAGCUGCCUGGAGGAGACGGGGGGGCUCGGAGUCGACCUCGUGGUGGACGCUGGAGCGCGAGGGAGCAGCACCGGGGGGGCUCCGCCCGCGUCCGGCUCGCCGCGCAAGCACGAGCUGAUCAGCGCCCUCGCCGUCGCCGGCCAGUGGGUCACCACCCACGAGCAGCUGCAGCUGGACCCCCCCGACUGCGCCCUGCUGCAGCUGAAGGGCGCCAGCGUGCGCUUCCUCAACGAGGAGCUGUGGAGCCUCUCCCCCACUCGCCGGGGCCGGCACCUGCACGUCUUGCGCGACGUCAUGGAGAAGCUCUCGGCUGGCGUGUUCAGGCCGCUGGUGCACGGUGCGGAGGGCCUGGGGCAGGCGGUGGAGGCGAUGGCCACGGUGCAGGCCGGGCGCUCGCAGCUCAAGCGCGUCGUGCAGCUCUGAUCGUGCCGGGAGUCGACGGGGUCACCGGGGUCACAGGGUCACCGGGUCGGCCUCGCGCUUUGCGUGGCGAUGACCUCGAGGUUGCGGCGACACUGCUGGGGUUCGUCAACUCCGGUUCCCGAUGGGCGCGAAACGGAUUUGGCGUCACGACUGCCGCAACACACGAGCGCACGCGACUGUCGCUUGCGCCUCCUCUCAACUCGCUAACAUCCACUGCGCGUCUCCAUCCCGCGAGUCUCCGAUCUCUUGCCCACAGCUCUCCUCUCUCGUGCAUCUCUCACCUUCGGACAUCAUCGCUUGUUCAUCUCCGAUCUCUCUCAUCUGUCUCUUGCCCACAGCUCCCUCUCGUGUCACGGUGUCAGUGAGCCUCUCUCUCGAAGCUGCACGCUCUCUCCAGCUCACUCAUCGCUCGCCACAACCACCCCCGCCCACAGUGGCCACACCUGCUCUCCACAGGCACCGACUUGCGAUGGUUGCUCACGGUAAACCCGCACUGCCUGUGACGAUCGCCAACUGACAAAUGCACAUUCCCCGGUGCCAUCAUCAUCGGCCACGGUCAAUCCACUGCUGGCUGAAGGCUGCCGCCAACCCCCGCCACCCCCCCCCCCCCCCCCAAGCGUUCCGGGGACUUGGAACUUGGAACUCCAACGCCGGACAUCCCUGCAGCAGCAGCAGCAGCAGGGCGCGACAUAGCCACUCGAGUCGAACGGGAAGAAUCGAGCAAUUAUUUUAUUGCGCAAUG